AUGAGGGAUGAUGACGUUCCUCUACCCGUGUCUACGCCCACAUCUUCAUCCGUCCACCCCAGAAGAGACGCGCCCUCGGAUUCCUUCAGCAUUUUCGGACGCGGCCGAUACAAGUUCUGGGCUUUCGGCGCCAUUUUGCUGCUGGCUUUCUGGUCGAUGCUUACCGGCACAGUCACCCUCCGGUGGUCCGCCGGAGAUCUAAAGGACCGCUUCAAUGACAAUUACGGCUCCCAACCCUCGGACGAUCUCGACGUCCUCGAUAUGGAAGAGAGGGAGAAGCUGGUGAAGCAUAUGUGGGAUGUGUAUAUCAACAGCCAGCGAGUGAGAUUGGACAGUUUUUGGCUGGAGGCCUUUGAAGCGGCCUAUGAGGAUUUGACCAGCGAGGUGCCCGAAGUUAGGGAGGCUGCCAUUUCAGAAAUUGCUAGUAUGUCUGCCCGCUACCUCAGGCUCAAACCGCCCCCUCUGCAUUCUUCACCUUCCUUGGGAACACAGCAUUUGAUAUGA